GAACAUAAUUGCUAGACUGGAUCAUAAAAGUGGUCCGUGUAGUGUCACCUCGCUGACUGCAGAACUAUGUGCCACAGAAGAGGGUGUAAACGUAGCAUGAGCAUGACAGAGGGAAGAAACUCUUUAUAGUGGCACCUUCUGUGGCUGCAUUUUCUGAGGCUGCCUGUGUGGAGGCACACCAGAGAGAAGAGAUGUUGAAUUGAUUUUGGGAGUGUGUGUUGUGAGACUGAGAGCGAACAGAGCUUGGAUAGUCUGGAGGUAACCGCUCAGGACAGAAAAUUCUAAGAGUCAUGUAGAUGAACAUUUUGGAACUGGAAGGAUUUUCUACUGAAUGGACCCAAUCGGGAGAGGACAACUUAGCCUGAACUGAUGCAGCACGGAACCUAAUAACCAGCUCAGCUUCUGACAUGAAGAAAGAUAUAGAGACCUUAAUAGCAGAGGAGAGAGCAGAGAUCAUCGCCAAGUAUGAAAAGGGAAGGCAGGAAGGAGCUAAGAUUGACCCAUGGGAGGAUGCUGAUUUCGCGCUCUAUAAAGUCACAGACAGAUUUGGAUUUCUGCAUGAGCAUGAGCUACCGACCCGCAGCGCACUGGAAGAGAAGCAAAAACUGCAGGAGAUUGAACGAGUGGACAAAUGGCUGAAGAUGUUGAAGAAAUGGGGCAAAUACAGAAACAGUGACAAGAUGUUCCGCAGGGUUUAUAAAGGGAUCCCCCUGCAGGUGCGAGGCCCGGUCUGGUCCUUCCUACUAGACAUUGAGAAGAUGAAGACUGAGAAUGAAGGAAAAUAUGAGAAAAUGAAAGAACAAGCCAGGAUCUUCUCAUCAGAAAUCAAGCAGAUAGACCUAGAUGUCAACCGCACCUUUCGAAACCACAUCAUGUUCCGGGAUCGCUAUGGUGUUAAGCAGCAAGAGUUGUUCCAUGUCCUUUCAGCAUACUCUGUUUACAACACAGAAGUGAGCUACUGCCAAGGGAUGAGUCAAAUUGCUGCCAUCCUGCUGAUGUAUUUAAAUGAAGAAGAUGCCUUUUGGGCACUGGCACAACUGCUGACCAAUCAGAAGCACGCAAUGCAUGGAUUUUUCAUUCCCGGGUUCCCAAAGCUGCAGAGAUUUCAGGCCCAUCAUGAGCAGAUUUUAAGCAAGCUAUUUCCGAAGCUGAAGAAGCACAUGGACAAGGAGCAGAUGACGACGGGAAUUUAUACAACCAAGUGGUUCCUGCAGUGCUUCAUUGACCGGACACCCUUCACUCUCACCUUGCGGUUGUGGGAUAUCUACAUCCUGGAAGGAGAACGGGUGCUGACCGCCAUGGCCUAUACCAUCCUGAAGCUGCACAAAAAACGCUUACUGAAGAUGUCCCUGGAGGACUUACGGGAAUUCCUGCAGGAGAGAAUUUCUGCUUCUCUGCAUUAUGAAGAUGAUAUAAUUAUUGAACAAUUGCAAAUGUCCAUGAAUGAACUGCGCAAAAUGAAAUUUGACCUUCCACCCCCAGCAAAACCUGAAGAAUUCCCCAAGAAACCACUGGGGCUGGAGCUGUCUCUGAAUCUCCUGGCACUGAAGCCCAGCCUCACAGUGAAUGGUCAGAAUAAGGCUGCCACUGACCUCGAUUCUGGCCGAGGCAUAAAACUGUCCUCUCCGAACAACAGCCCUGCGCCUCCGAAUGAAACUAUUGGUCAUGCAAAGGCAGCAACGAACGACAGGCUCCCUCUGCAGCAGGAUGGGCCUCCCUUGCCAGCAGCCGCAACAGAUGUGCCUCAGCAUCCAUUACAGGGCCAGCAGCAACACCAAGAGGAAAACCAGCAUGGAGAAGAAAAUCAGGUGGAGUCCCCAAAGAAAGCUGCUGGUGAAUCCCCAUCACAGGAGCAGUUUCCUGGAGGGGAGACUGAGGUGCAGGCCCUCCUGGAGAACCAGGAGGCACCACCAGUGAGCAGGGAGGCUGUCUCACAAGAGAGUCCUCAGACCCUCAAUGCAGGGAGAGGUGAAGAGCAGCUGCCGGAACGUAGCCCCUCACCAGCUGUAGGCAACACAGACCAGCCUUUGCAGCAAGAACAACCCAAAGGGACAGUAGUGGACAGCUCUGCCGGCGACAUUGCCACCCAGAGCCACAACCCUCAAGUGGACCUGCCUGUCGCUCACAGUAAUACAUUAGCGGGUCAGGAGUCGCCAAACCAAAUGUCUCUUGCCAAACAAAGACCCUCAGAAGCUUCCGUGCAAAGUGCCUCAAGUCCUGACGACGCGAGUGCUCCCCACUUCUCUGUGGCUUUGCUGGCAGGAGGGCCGCCUCUAGAGCAGCAGCAUGGGCCUCCCAGUACAGACUCGUUCUCGACACCAGGACCAAACCUUGCUCCUCCUGGCGAUGUGUCCGAGACCGUCCACGUGCCUGCGUUGUGUGCGGUGACAGCGCUCGAUACUCUCUCCCUGCCUCCCCAGGAUGGGAGGCGACGGCCUUCUAACAUCUCUCAGUAUGACAACAUCUCCGAAUUGGAGUACAACGAGGGUAACCCGUCUGGGCGGGAGCCCAGUUCAGAGCUGCUUCGUGGUGCAGCACCACAACACAAGCCAGACUUAAAACCCUCCCUCCCCAAGUCUGCGUCUGUGGGUGAGAUUGCAGAUCUGGGGGUGCACUCAGGAGGGAGCACAGAUUCGGUGCAGCAGGCAGUAGGACCAGGCCACCCAGCCUUCCACUUGCUUCCUCACCAGAGACUGACUGGUGGUGGCGGCAGUGUGCCGAUCUUAUCCAUGCUUGACUCUGGGGCAGCUCAGCUGGCAGAGGGGCUACAUGACCGACCCCUGUCAUCCCCGGCUUUACAAGGGCAGUUCAGCCCCUACAGAAUAGUAAAGACAAACACCCCGCUUCAUGUGGCUCAUGCUACGGAGCAGGACUUCUCGAACCAAAAAAGUAUGGCAUUGCCUUUGCAAGAGGGCGGUCAUCAUGUACGGGCCACCCUUACAGCAGCUGAUGGAGGCCCACGUCCUGCGGCUGUGGAACACGAGGCUCUGGCUGCCAGUCGGAAUGCGCAGAAAUCUCUAAAUGCAUUGAGAGAGCCCCGUCCCACGCUAAGCCCAAAGCCAAAAAUACCGCCCCAGGUUGCCAAAGCCCACUCAGAGAACAGUUUCUAUCCAGCCUGCCCUUCUGCAAUGCAAAUGUCCAAAUCGGUGACAUUUUAGCAGGGGUCGGGGUGAGGAGGGGAAAGAAACAAUAGAAUUGCAUUGUCUAUUCAUGAGACAUCCUUGUAAAGGUUUGCAAUGAAAAGCCCAGGGUAGAGAGGACAGGAGGCAAUCCUGUGCCAAGCUGCGUUUGGUACGAGUGCUGGGGGGCAGCGUGUGGCAUGGAAUCGGCCCUGUGGCCAACAGACAAUGUAUUGGUGCCAGAGGGGUUAAAAAGUCUG